AUGCCUCAUAAUACACUCUUUCACAAGAAAUCCAAAAGCAGUAUGCGACAAAGGCAAACCCAUGCUGAUGAGCACACCUUCAGCCACUCACGGACAACAAGCAACUCGAGCAAUUCGAGCAACACUUCUCAUAUUUCAUCGGGGUCCUACACGAAGCCGAAUUGCUACGAUCCGCUCUCACUCCACCCGCCCAUGGCCCUCAACACCUCUCCAUGCAUCAUCCCCGAAGACGACGAAGCUGUAUAUGGAGAUGAAAAGGAACAGCAAGAUCCUUUUAAGCAGAGCCGCACCUCAAACCAUGACACUCAAAACCCCGCCCCGUCAUCACCUAUAAAGAGCCGGCGGAAUACACACGUCUACGGGCUCAAGCUACAAUGGCCACUUCAGGACUGGCAGGAGAUUCCACCGGGGCUGGCCGAGAUGAGUGAAGCAGACGUCAACGCACAAGCCAGUCCGCGCUCGCCAACAAGCCAGAGGAGACCACCGAAGGAACAUAUAAGUGACAUCGAGAUGUUUGUCAAGCGCGGGGAGUGGAAGCGUAAGGGCAUUGUCUUCCACCUCGACGCAGAUGCACAAGAGGAACAGGUGCAAUCCUUUGAACUUGAACUUCCAUGA